CUUGGUUGAACGACGUUAGUGCGAGUGGAGCAAGCAUUCAAGUGAGUUGUGUUUUUGUGCGAUGAUUUUAGUCUUCAGUGAAUCAAAGUUCAUUUAAAUAAUUUUUUUUUUACACUCCGCAUUUGUUCACGUAAUUAUAAUUUAAUUAUUAUUAAAUUAAAAAAUUGUGUAGAUAAUAAAUGUUAGUCUGAAGUUCUGAACAAUUAACUAAAGAAAAUAUGUGAUAAAUUUAUUAACAAAAAACUAAACGCAUUAAAUUAUAUAAAAUACAUAAAAAAAAAAUAAAUAAAAAAAAAAUCAAUUCAAUGAAAACUGAAUGGUAAGCAAAAAAUCGAAAUCAAAACAAUCUCAAGGCAGAAAAAAGUUUGAAAAGUCAUUGGAAGCAGCAGCAAAAACGAGAGCAGUAGAAGGUCCGACGAAAUAAAAGUCAGUGGGGGAAAGCGUUGAACUUGAACUUGCUAUAUUUAAAGUGAGCACGAGUGCGAGCAGGCACUGGCACUGGCACAGGCUGAGCGCAGUAAUAAUCCAAACAACAGUCCAACAACAAUUGCCGUAGUAAUAAAUUCCAAUCGAAUUGCUUGAAAAUGGAUGCCCUUGGAGAUAUUUUGGCACCGCACAGCGAGACAAUAGCGAAAAUAGCCGGCACCAUAACGACGUUGCAGUUUUUGUCCGGUAUCGCAUUUCUAAAUAGCAUACGAAAGAAGGGUAAAAGUGAUGGAUUUCCACCAGAGCCUUUUAUUGGCGGUACUGUGCUCACUAUUCUGACUCUUAAACUUGGUGCUAUUAUGGAUGAUAUACACAUGAUUCGAACCAAUCUAAUUGGUUUAGUACUUAAUGGUGUGUUCAUGUUCGUUUUUUACUGGUAUGCAUCCAAGGAGUUUAGAACAGAUAUUUGGAAGAAAAUUGGAAUAGCUACAGUCAUUACAAUGGGUUUUCUAGCUUAUACAAACUUUGAAGAUCCUGCGAAAGUUGAAUUCCGUUUGAGUAUGAUAAUAACCACAGUUUUGGUGUGGCUAGUUGGUUCACCACUGUUGCAAAUCAAUAAAAUAAUUGAGAAGAAAAGUACCGAAGGCAUGCCAUUUCCAAUUAUAUUUACUGGUACAUUGGUUGCUGCGUCUUGGACUUUGUACGGUAUUUCGAUUAGAAAUACUGCGAUGUCGUAUCAAAACCUUUUAUUGUUUGUACUGAGUGCCAUACAAUUAUCUCUAUUCGCCAUUUAUCCAAGUACGCCAAGCGAAGUUCCGUCUAAAACUGAUGCCGCCACAAAACAAAAGAAACCAAAUACUCCAAACAAAAAGAAGGAUUAAAAAUUUAACUUAAACACAUAAUUUAAACAUCUAUGCUUUUAAAAGUUAAAAUUUUACUUAUAGCCUAAUACACUGAUGCAAAGUAGUUAGACAUUUUUAUAUAAGUAAUCUAUGCAAUGCUAUAAAUAUUAUAUUUCAACAAUAUCUGCAAUUUUUGACAAUAAUUAAAAUCUUCCAAUCAUAUUUUUAAUAAAUAAAUAGAUAUAUUAUUUAACUUAGUAAAUGACUAUUAAAAAUUGUAAUUGUAAAACAAUGAAUUUUAAGAGUAAAAACUAAUAUUUCUAAUUGUACAAAAUUUAAUAUUAAAAUAUAGUUAAAAUAGGUAUUCUAUUUAUAGUUAAUUUAAAAUUAUACACAACCGCUAUAAAUUGUUACAAAAUAAAAAUACAUUUU